AGUAGAUGAGACUAAAGUCUUAGAGAGAAUUUUCGUCAAAACUGAAAUUUGUUUUUAGUCAAAAUCGAACCGAACCUACCAAACUCGACAUGUUUGUUUCAAAAGAAGAUAAUUGAAACAUAAACUGAGCUCUCUCUCUCUCUCUGUCUGGACAUGGCUUCUGGCUUGUACACAACAAAUCCACCUCAAAACCUUCACUCUCUUGCUUCUUCUUCUUCUCCUAAACCUCAGUCUUUCAAAUCCUCCGUCACCGUCCGUUGCGCAUCCAUUGCCACGUCGUCACCCGCCACAAACAGAUGGUCUCUCCAUGGAAUGUCUGCUCUUGUCACCGGCGGCACCCGAGGCAUCGGGCGUGCGAUAGUUGAAGAACUGGUGUGUCUUGGAGCAAAGGUUCACACUUGCGCUCGCAAUGAGACAGAGCUCGAGGAAUCUUUGAGAGGCUGGAACCGUUCGGGUUUCCAAGUUGAUGGGUCGGUCUGCGAUGUCUCUGAUCGAGCUCAGCGACAGAACCUGAUGGAUACCGUCUCCUCUCUCUUCCACGGGAAGCUCCAUAUCCUUGUAAACAAUGUUGGGACGAACAUCAGGAAACCAAUGGUAGAUUUCACUCCUGAAGAGUUUUCAACUCUCGUCUCCACCAAUUUCGAAUCCGUUUUUCAUUUAUGCCAACUUGCUUAUCCCAUGCUUAGAGCAACCGAGGCUGCAACUGUUGUCUCCAUCUCCUCUGUUUCUGGUUUUGUCUCCCUCAAGAAUAUGUCUGUCCAAUCUGCAACCAAAGGUGCAAUCAAUCAACUUACCAGAAACUUAGCUUGCGAGUGGGCCAAAGACAACAUAAGGGUCAAUGCUGUUGCUCCCUGGUAUAUCAAAACAUCUAUGGUGGAGCAAGUUCUUAGCAACAAAGACUACUUGGAUGAAGUCUACUCUGUCACUCCUCUUGGCCGGCUUGGCGAACCGAAAGAAGUGUCUUCUGCUGUGGCCUUUCUGUGCCUACCUGCAUCAUCGUAUAUCACAGGGCAGAUUAUAUGUGUUGAUGGAGGAAUGUCUAUAAAUGGUUUCUCACCACGACAUGAUUAGUUACCCACUCUUAAUAACAUUUAUUAGUUUCCUUUGUGAUCCUUAUCGUCGUCAUAUGAGACUUUUAACAGCUUUCUGCCUUCUGUGUUUUAUGAGAAUUGAAGUUGUUUUCAUGUUAUAUGACUUUUAAGCUUUA